CCGGGCGCGGAACGUGCUGGAUCGCAGAGUGGUGGUGGAGCGUGGUGCGCCGCGUGAGAGGCCGGCGACUCUGGAACUUCCGUGAGGAGGACGCCGAUGGAACGCGCAGGGCCGGCGCCAUGCUGAAGUGGACGCUGAGCAGCCGAGGCGCCGACCGGGCCGGCGACGCUGCCGCCGGCCGCUACCAGAUCAAGCGCGCCUCCGUGCGCGUGCUGCGCACCGAGAACGACAAGGAGAACUCGGACCACGUGUUCAGCCGCUGGAUCCACCGUGAUCGCCGCGCCGGCGAGCCGCCCGCCGCCAAGAAGGAGGCGGCGCGCCGCGCCAAGGUGCGCUGCAACCCGUUCGACCCGCGGCGCAUGUUCGCCGCGCGUGACGAGCCGGAGAGCGACUCGGGCAGCGUGUACAUGCGCCUGGAGCGACUGCCGGCCGCCGAGUUCACCAACAAGCCGAGCGGGCGCGACCUACGUCGGCCGGUGGCGCUGAAGGGAGACUCGCCCGAGGCGCAGCUCCUCACCGACGACAAGCAGCGCGAGAGAGCGCGGCUUGGCGCGGCGUGCGUCGGCGUCGCGAAGUCCAGCCCGCAGGCGGAGCGGCUGUACGGCUCGACACGAGCACCGGAUCAGCGCAAGCUGGUCAAGAAGGCGUGUGUGGGGCCCGGCGCCCCCGGCCACGCACACACCACCACCGGCCAGCACAUCCACCACGACUACGGCCGGCGGGCUGUGUCGGGCGCGCUGCAACUGCGCCUGCCGGGCGCCUCGCGGGCCUCCCUGACCUCAGGUCACGGACUGGGCCCGCGCCGCUUGGAAAGCGCGCUCAUCGGCGGCAUCCGGCCGGCGGUCAACUCAGACGGCCAACACAACACGUCCAGCGAGCGCGGCGACAGCGGAAUCUCGGAGGGCCUGGUCAGUCCACUCAGCGAGUCGCAGGACUCGCACGAGUGCUGGGAGGAGGGAAGCGCAGCGGGCGAGGCCUCGCGCCCGCCCGCCUUCUACUUCAGCCGUCCGGGCCACCUACGUACCGACCCGGCCCUGCUGGAGCCGACCGAGCGACGCUCAGCCCGCCGACGCGGGGACCGCGGGCAGGCCGAGCUGACCCAGGUAUCGGCCGCGGACGUGCUGUCAGCGCUAGGCCACUGCCGAGACGCCGCGGAUGCGGCCGGCGGCGCGGCCGGCUCGCUGAGGCGGAGCCGCAGCUUCUCGGACGUGUCCACGCUGUCGCGGGACGAGGGAGCUGCCGCGACGCCGGCCGGGCAGACGAGCAGCUGGGGCGACCCGUUUGCCGAGAAUAGCGGCGGGACGGUGAUCGAGCGAAGCGCCGGGCGCCCGCAGAAGUCGGUCCGCUUCGCCCUCGACGAAGAUGACCCAAUCUAUCACGAGAUAAACGGGUCGUACGCGGGAAAUAACAGCGAGGCCCUGCGGAGGUCGCAGCUGUAUCGAUCAUACCAAAACAUCGGCUCGGUGUUCGUGGGGAUGGAGGGGCAGGCGGUGCCGGCUCCGGCCUGCCGCCCCCUCGUUAGCGGGCAGCAGACAAAGACGGCGACGGACGCCGAGGAGACGUAUCUGGUGAUGCGCUCGCCCAUCAAGUGGCCCAGCCGGCCCAAUGUUGCGGACGCACGCGGCGAAAACAUGACAUCCGGCCGCGACAGCGCCGCGUCGGCGCCGCGGCGCCAGCGCGAGACAGUCGCCCGCCUCACGCUGCUCCUGGAGGACCGGCUGCCGACGAUGGAGAGCGACGGCGAGUCGGCCGACUGGUCGCUGGAGGCCGUCAUCAACGACACGCUGCCGCGCGAGCUGCCCGAGCCGGACGCGGCGAACGGCGAGUCGCCGGGCGCGUACGGUGGUGUCGCCGACACCGGAGAGCCCAACGGCCAGAGCAGCGACAGCGGCGCCGAGGAGGGCAACGUCUACUGCCGGCUGGCGGCGCCGCCGGUGUACGCGCGCCUCGACCCGGCCAAGCUGAGCCCGCAGGUGGACAAGGUGACCUGGCACGGCCCCGGCAGGCCAACCGUACGCUCGGUGAAGAGCCGCCGGCAGCGCGCGUCGCCCGGCGCCGCCGGCCGCAUCUGGCGACACCCACGGCCCGCCACCGUCCACUCGACGCCCCGCAAGCGGACGGCGCGCCACCUGCGCGACGACUCCAACGACUUCCAGCUAGGCUCGCCGGCCGGCGAGCCGGUGCUCGGGCCCGGCGACACCUACUGCAACGCGCUGGCGUUCGCGCGCACGGCCGACUCCAGCCUGGCCACCUCCGUCUGGAUGGGCUUGAUGGGUCGCAAGAGCCGGCGCGUCGUCAGCACGCAGCUGCGCUCCCGUGACUUGCUGCAGGCCAGAGGUCAACUGAAAUUGCGGAUCUACGAGAACAGCGGUCUCCUCACCGUGCACAUGAUUCGAGCGCGCAAACUGCGCUCGCGCACCUCGGAGCUCUGCAACGUCUACGUCAAGGUCUCACUGGUCCCGGACAGCAGCGAGCGCUCCUUCUGCCGAACCCGGCUGGUGCGGCAUACCAACGCGCCACUUUUCGACGAACGCUUCUCUUUCGACUUCCUGCCGGAGGACCACUGUAAACGGCUGCUGGUGUCGGCGUGGCACCGUCACCUGCGCAGAGGGCGCAGCGAGCUGCUGGGCUGCAUGUCGUUCGGCGUGUCCAACAUCAUGACGACUGAGAUCACUGGCUGGUUCCGACUACUGGCCGAGUCGAUCGGACGGAGUCGGCACUUCGCCGUCCGCACUCCCGCCGGCGGCAGGGCGCGGCACACCGCAGAUUGCAGCGACCCCUGGCAGGAGCGGACAUGGGAGGAGCCUCGCGCGGGCGGCUCGGUCGUGACCUACCGUCGACCGGCACCGAAGUCGCCCCCGGCUCCGGAGCUGGGGGGUGACGCCGCUCCGGGCAGCGGCUCCGUCACAUGCCCCACACUGGGCAGGCAGCGGGUCUCAGGACCCGUGCCGGGUCAAAGGCCAAUCCCGAGCCCCGUCCUCAGCCGGAGGCCGGUCCCGAGCCCCGUCCUCAGCCGGAGGCCGGUCCCGAGCCCCGUCCUCGGGCGGAGGCCGGUCCCGAGCCCCGUCCUCAGCCAGAGGCCGGCCCAAGUUACGUCCCAGGUCGCGCCGGGGUCGGCUCCGGGCGCAACGGACAGCGGCCGGCCUGCAGCCCCGCCCCUGCAGCAGCGCCGGAGGGCCCUGGUCGGUCAGGAGGCCGGCCGGCGGACGGCGGCGUUCCUGGUCCACCCGAACGCCGCCAGCGGCAGGAUAGCGAGCUCCGGUCAAGAGGCGGGCCGCGCGCUCAGCGUCCCCUGGGAGGCGCAGCGCGUGCCGGCAGGGCCGUACCACCACAUCAGCAUUCAGCGACGUCAGAAGGGGUUCGGCCUGUCACUCGCAUGGACAUGUCCGCCCAGUGUGGUGUUCGUGGAGCCGGGCCAGAGCGCAGCGUUCGCCGGACUCCGCUCCGGUGACUAUGUGGUUCGGAUGGGCGCCGAGAAUGUCGUGCUGAUGGACCAAGCGACCGGACUGGAGCUCAUACAGCGGCAGGGUGACGUCCUGGAGAUGGAGGUGUACCGCCCCGGCGACGGCGUGCCCCCGAGCAUGCUGGACGUGCUGGUGGACCUGAUGCGGCGGCUCGGGACCUGA